AUGAAGCUGGAUUCGCUCAAGAAGAAGUACAAGGCGGAGCGCCUGCGAUGGCGCGGGCUCAGCCGGUGGGAGCACUACAAGAAACUGGAUCAGCUCAUCGGCGGGCACAAGCGCGUCGCGGGGACGGGCGGCAGCAGCGCCGCCGCCAUGGGCGAGGAUCUGGAGUCGUCGGGCGUGGGCGGGGGCGGCGGGAUGAGCUCCGGCGGAGCCACUCUCCCCGCCACGCCCGUGUACCCCGCCGUCGCCUCCGCGCCCGCCGCCGCCGCGAUGUCAGCAGGGGGGCUGGGCGGGUCCGCCAUGGGCACGGUGAUGGGCAUGCCGCCGGCGGACGGCACCUACUUUCUGCACAACAUUGCGGCGGGCGGCAUGGCCGGCCGGUUCGGGGGGGGCGGCAGCGGCAACGGCGUGCUUGUGGCGAGCGGAAUGCCGCCUCUGCCCGCCGUGGGCAUGGGGAUGGGGGGCGCGGGCAGAGGGGGCGCCAUGGGGGCCUCUGCUGGCGCUGGCGGCCCCCCCCCGCCCAUGGGGGUUUUACCCGGGGCUGGAAUGGGCGCCAGCGUGUAUUUAGGCACGGGGGGAGCGGUGGGCGCGGGGAGAGGGGGCGCAGGAGGCUUGGGGGCGCGCAACAGCAUGAUGUGCGCGGGCGCGGGCGGACCAGUGACGAAUGGCGACGGCAUUAAGUGGUCGGCGGGCGCAAUGGAUCGGCAGGGGGAGUGCGUGGGGGAGGGCGGAGGGGAGGUUAGAGGCGCGGGAGGGAUGGGGAUCGGCGGAGUGCGCUUGGGCGGGCUGGCGGGGCAAGGGGGCCCGUCAGGGGGGGCGGUGCUGGGAGGGGGGGCUGCGGGAGCGGGCGGUGGUGCGCCCCCGCUGAUGCCCGCCUCCGCGGACGCAUUUCUCUCCCCCUCCUUCCUCCCCGCGGGCGCACCUGCCGCCGCCUUUGCUGGCCGGCCGCGCACAGGCGCGGAGGGCGGCGGUGACGUGGCAGCAGUGGGGGAGAGCCCUGGAUCAACGGCUGGGGUGGGCGCGGCGGCAGCAGGGGCAGGGGCGGGGGGGGAGCGGCAGAAGCGCAUGCGGCGGUGGAGAGGGGGCUAUGAGGGCAGCCGGCGCAUGCCCAACGGGGGGGCGGAUGCAGGCGCGCAGGAGGGCGCCAUGGGGGGCAUGGGCGGCAUGGGGCACGCAAUGGCGGGAGGGGGGGCGAUGGGCGUGGGCGAGGCAGCAGCAGCAGCGGCAGCGGCAGUGGUGGUGGGAGCCGGGGAGGACUCAGUGCGCAGCCUAGCAGAGGCGAUCAGCAGCUUUGGCGAGCUGUACGCGCGCGUGGAGGUGGAGAAGCAGCGGUACCUGAUGGCCCUGGAGCAGCGGCGCAUGGAGUUCCAGCGCGAGCAGGAGGCGCGCAAGAUGGAGGUGCUGAGGGACAUGGAGCCAUAA